GGCACCCACGCAUGAAUGAACAAAGCACACUUUUACCCCCCCUUUUUCUCAUUCCCCUUUCCAUCCCCAUCCCCCAUCCUCCAUCCAUAAUAUCCUCCACCCGACCCUCCCAUCAUUACUCCCGGAUACACCACGCUAAAAACCUCCCCAAACCUCACGCAUAGCAAAGCCAGCUCCACAGCCCACGGAGCCUUUCCACCCGCCAGUAUGGCCGACCACCAUGAUUCAAGGCGUCGCUAUAGCCAUACCCGGCACCACAGUGCCAGUAAGAGCCCUGUCGCGUUGAUGGACAGAAUUGUCGAGCGUUCUCCGCCACUACACCCACAACCAUCAUCCCGCAUGUCGCUUUCGGCAUUGGUAAACGAUUCCCCAUCACCUCCCCGUCGUAUAACGCCGCCACCUGCAGCCUAUGCUGAGCGUCAUCCCCAUCCGUCGGCAUAUUAUCCUUCGUCAACUACUGAUCCAGGAUAUAUGGGUGCCAUGGAUGACAGACGGUACUCUUAUCCCCCACCUCGAACAUCUUAUGUGCAGCCUUCAACGCAUCCUUCCCCAACUGCAUCCGAUUAUAGAUAUCGAUCCCCCGUCUUACCUCAACAUCCUCCGACCCAUCACUCACCUUCGUCGUAUUCUGCUUCACUUUAUGGUCAACCAAAGGAAGAUCCUGCUAUUGCCUACGCUCGUAUGCGGGAAGAAAUGAGAACCGCAGAAGAGGCUAGGCGUGAGGCAGAGGCACUCGAAUACAGGCGAAAGCGCGAUAUGGAGUUUGCAGCCAGGCGUCCUGGGUCCGAGCUGAUGGAUGACCCGCGCAGGAUACCGCAUUCCUCGUUUCCUCGGUCUCAAAUGUAUGGGCCGUCUGCAGACCAAUCUAGAGUCAUGCCGAGUAGGAAUGGCAAAGACUAUAUCAGUGAACCGCCUUCUCCUAGCGAAUUGUACCCGACGGAUGAAGACACCGAAAGACUGCCUAUCGAUCGCUACAGACGGGAUAUUGAUGUCCCACCAUUGCCACGACAGUUACCCCCACCGCCUUCAGAAAUAGGCCGUAUGGCUGACAGGGCUCGGUCUCCUUCCGCGCCCAUUGCACCUCCGCUUUUGAAAGUCGUGCGGAAGCGUACAAAAGUUAUCCGACCCAAUGACUUUCUUGUGGGUAAUGAGGAUGUAUGGGAGGAUGGCUUGAUCAGGUAUCAAAGUAAGCGGGAAGAUGAGGUCCGUGCGAUUGCACAAUGGGCUGCUUCGUGUCAGGUAAGAAAUGGUGUGGGAGAGCCUUCUCUUCCCCAAACGCAGGAUGAAUCCAUCAAAGUUCGUAAAAUCAAUGGUGACAUUGCAACACCGACCAACAAGAAGAAACGCAAGUCUCGCAAGCUCAAUCUUGAUGAUGAACUGCUGGGUCUGGCUUCGUCUCCUCCUGGCUCACCGAAUGCUGCCGCCGAAGCCGAGAAAUCUGAGAGCAAGCAUCAUAUCUACGGUAUGAACGGUCCUAUCGAUCCUGCAAACCCUCCUUCCCCGUCUACUAUCGUCUAUCCUUCCGGUCUCACUCGGGCAGAAGUCAUUGCAAAAUGCGAAGCUGGGGAUGUCGAAGGCUUGACUGAAGAUGACGUCAAGGCUGUCCAGGAUGAGAUGUGGAUGCGCGAGAAAGCUGCUCAGGCUGCCGAGAAUGGCGGAGUCCUUCCUACGAACAAGGAUGGGACUGUUCGUCGAAAGCCUGGUCCAGCCAAGGGUUGGAGGAAGAUUCGAGGCAUUGAUAAGAAGAAGGAGACAACACCUGGCAAAGCUCAGUCGACCACUGCCGGUAGUGUUGCAGGUAGUGUGGCCGACGAAGAGGCUGAAGCGGACAUAGCUGCUCUCUUGGAUGAUUCAAUUGCAAAGAAGGGUAAAAAGGUUAAGCGUCGUAAGCUGGAAGAGCCCGGUGCCGAGUCUCCAAGAUUCGCUGACGCUGAAGAUGAAUAUAAUGAACAUCGACCUUCUGACUCGGUGUUACUUGACGAGAUUGAGGAUGAGCAUAGUCGAGCAGGCAGCGUGGGUGAGAGCAACGCCUUGGAUACCUUACCUGCCGCCUCUGCACCUCCAAAGAAGAAGAAUAGCAAGACAAAAGAACCCGGUGUGGGUAAAGGUCGGUGGACGCGACCUACCAAACCUGAAAAGGAGUUGGUCAAGAAAGCCGAGGCUCUCGCUUCUCGCACCAGCAAAGCAUCCCUCGCUGGGCCUUCUGACGAUACUUUCGGCGUUGGUCCAGGCCCGGCAGAGGAAGUUCAAGAAGAAAUCAAGCACGAGUAUGCGCCUAACACGCAUGACCCGCGAGGAGUGUCGGAGAACGAGGCGAAGAUCAGGCAUGAAUUGGUGGAGGAUCUCCAGAAGCAGGCUUGGAGCAACAUAGUUCGGGAUGUGCCUAGGAUAUAUCGAGUUUUUCAGGGUUAUGAUCAGUCAAUGAAGCAAAUUGCUCAGCGACGUGCUCAGGCCUGCGUUCGUAAUGCCUUCGGGCAGAGAAACCAAAAGACGAUGCAGAGGCAGAGUGGUAAAGUUAACAAGGAGGGUGCUGCAAAGGCGAAGCGAAUUGUCAAGGAGCUUGCGGCAUUUUGGAGGAAAAACGAAAAAGAUGAAGUUAUUGCGCGUAAAAAGGCUGAACGUGAAGCUCUUGAGCGUGCCAAGGCUGAAGAAGAAGCUCGAGAAACCAAGCGUCAAUCUCGCAAACUCAACUUUCUUCUCACCCAAACUGAACUCUACUCGCAUUUCAUCGGAAAGAAGAUUAAGACCAAGGAAGCCGAAGCUGCGGAGGGCAUGGAUGUGGAAGAGGAGGAGAAGAGGGGGAUGGAAGAGAUUGCCAUUGGGGAAGACGGCGAGCCUUUGCCAGAUCUUGAUUACGAUGAAGAUGACGAGGAGAACCUCCGGAAACAUGCGGCAAGGGGUGCGCAGGCAGCUAUUCAGGCAGCUAGAGAUAAGGCGAGAGCGUUUGACGAUUCUAUCGUUGGUAGAGGUGCGCCCCUACCUGGGGACGAUACUAUGGAUGGCGAUGAGCUCAAUUUCCAGAACCCAUCUCUCGGCGAGAACAGUGUCACCAUAACCCAACCCAAGAUGCUUAUGGCUCAGUUGAAGGAAUACCAGCUCAAGGGUUUGACGUGGUUAGGGAACUUGUAUGAGCAAGGUAUCAAUGGUAUCUUGGCUGAUGAAAUGGGUUUGGGUAAAACCAUACAAUCUAUCUCCCUUCUUGCGUAUCUCGCCGAACACCAUAAUCUUUGGGGUCCCUUCCUCGUCAUUGCCCCCGCAUCAACUCUUCACAACUGGCAGCAAGAACUCGCGCGAUUCGUCCCCAGGCUCAAGGCUCUACCGUACUGGGGUUCACCUAAGGAUCGUGAGACGCUGAGAAAAAUUUGGAGUAGGAAGAAUCAGACGUUUAGCGAAGACUCGCCUUUCCAUAUUUUGAUUACUUCUUACCAACUGGCUGUACAAGAUGAGAAGUAUCUCCAAGGUAUGAAAUGGCAGUACAUGAUUCUUGAUGAAGCCCAGGCCAUCAAGUCUUCUUCCUCGGCUAGAUGGAAGUCUCUUUUGAGUCUGCAUUGUAGGAACAGGUUGUUGUUGACUGGAACACCUAUUCAAAACUCAAUGCACGAACUCUGGGCCCUUCUGCACUUUAUCAUGCCUCAGCUUUUUGAUUCGCACGAAGAGUUCGCCGAAUGGUUCUCCAAGGAUAUCGAGAGUUCGUCAGGUGGUGUCACUGGUAACCUCAAACCUGAACAGCUGAAGAGGUUGCAUAUGAUCUUGAAGCCGUUCAUGUUGCGAAGAGUGAAGAAACAUGUGCAAAAGGAGUUGGGUGACAAGAUUGAAAUCGACUUGCUUGUCGACUUGAGUCAACGACAACGCGAGAUCUAUAAAGCCCUCCGGCAACGUGUCUCUAUCACUGACCUUUUGGCGACUGCCGAAAACAACACGGACAAUGGCAAUCCCAAGAACAUGCGUUCAUUGGUCAACCUCGUCAUGCAGUUCCGAAAAGUGUGUAAUCACCCCGAUCUUUUCGAACGGGCGGACGUUGUUUCACCUUUUGUUUUUGGCGAGUUCUCACAAUCAGGAAAUCUUGCUAGGGAAGGAGAUGGCAUGUACUUGCCCGACUCGGCAAGGAACGCGAUCGAAGUGCAAAUACCGCGAAUAUUAUGGACAGAUGGCGGCAAAUUGGAUAUUCCUGGAGAACAGAGUCUCGCAGGCAGCGAUACGAAGAUUUUGCAAAAUCUCUUAAACAUCUGGACUCCUGAAUGGAUAAAUGAGCGUACCAAGUGCGCCGACGCCGAAUUCGGUUUUGUCAAAUUAGUUGGUUCUUCGCCUGGAGAAACGAGCAGGAGCGCCAAGUCGCCUGUUCUCGUGCAGCUACUUGAGGGAGCUGAGAAAGAAAGGCGAUGGACAGAGGAGGGAAGGUUCGUCGAUGAUUCCGAGUUUGCAGCUUCUGUCAAGAAGGGGUUCAGGGUACCUUCAGUCAUUCCAGUCUUAACACAGCCUGGACAAGUGUCUCUUCGAGAGAUCAGCCGGAGAGUGUGGGAUGAGUCGUAUCUUUCACGCGACGAUGCGAGGUGUAUUGGUGACUACGCCAUUGCGCCUAUUGUCAAACCUAUUGCAUCUAACCGAUCAUUUCUCAAUGCUCAAGACCGCAUCCUCAAUCAGCCUCUCGCUCACUCUACCCUCUAUGGCCUUGCCCCUUCAGAGCUUCAUGAUCCCUUGGCUGCCGAACAAUUUUCUCGCAUUGCCCCCAGCGUGCCUCUUACAGGUCUCAUCCCAUCAUCCGCAUCCUCUCAAACACCCGUCUCACCUCUUCAUAUUCCUCCCACAAAGCGUCUCAUCGUUGACUCUGCCAAGCUUGCUCGUCUUGAUUCGCUUCUUCGUGAACUCAAGGCCGGUGGUCAUCGGGUCCUUCUUUAUUUCCAAAUGACAAAGAUGAUGGACUUAAUUGAAGAAUACCUCAUCUUCAGGCAGUACAAGUACUUGAGACUGGAUGGUUCGUCCCCGAUCGCGGAGAGAAGAGAUAUGGUGACCAGUUGGCAGACGAAUCCAGAUAUCUUUGUGUUCUGUCUGAGUACCAGGGCCGGUGGUUUAGGUAUCAACUUAACCGCUGCGGACACUGUAAUUUUCUACGAUCAUGACUGGAACCCCUCGAGUGAUGCCCAAGCCAUGGACCGAGCUCACCGAGUUGGUCAAACCAAACAGGUCACUGUUUACCGUCUCGUGGCUCGUGGCACGAUCGAAGAACGUAUCCUUCAAAUGGCCCGAGGCAAGAAGGACAUCCAGGAUGUUGUCGUCGGCACCAAAUCUGUUUCUGACGUCGCCAAACCAUCUGAGAUCGUAUCCUUGUUUAUGGAUGAUGAAGAGCUGGCCGAGUCUGUUGCCAAGCGCAAGCAAGCAGAAGCUCACGGUUAUAUUGCUCCUACCAUUAUUCCCAACGGCCGCAGGUCACAGUUUGGAGACGGUCUGGUAUUGGAUGAUGGUGAGGGCGAUGAUGGAUUCUUCAACGCCGCGGCGGCGGCGAGAGCGAAUGCGGAAGAAGAGGAAGGUUUAGGUGCGGAGGAGGAGAGCAAAGGGAAAGGGAAGGCGAAAGCGGCUGCAGCGGUAACAUUUCCGGUACCGGGCGAAAAAAGGAGUCAUAAGAAGGGUAUGGGAAAGAAGGCUCAGGCUGCAGCUGCUGCCGCCGCUUUGGAAAGAGUGAUCGCGGGCAACGAAGAACCUCUUGCAGCGUCAAAGCCCCCAGCUAAGAAAAAGGUCAAGAUUGCCCUUGGACCUGACGGCUUACCACUGUAAGAUGUACAUGAUGCGAGGAGAGCGUGGAAGGUUGCGCGCUUAUGCGCGCUUAUUUAUGAUAUUGAACAAAAAGCAUAGUUUUGAAAUUUUGCAUAUAGCAUAUUUAGCAUUUUCUAGUGAUGUUUUGUCUCCUUCUUAUCUGUGAUGACGUUUUGUCUUUUUCUUAUUUGUGAUGGAUUUUUGCACCGUU